CAUCUCUAGCAAGCUCGACUACUUAGUUACCUAGAGGAAUUUGCAGCGGAAAAGAUCGGCCGACGAUGGCGCCGCGACGGAGCGCGGACGAGACGGCGGACGCGGACCGAGCGCGGCUGCACCAGCUGGGGUACAAGCAGGAGCUGAAGCGCGGGCUGAGCGCGGUGUCCAACUUCGCCUUCUCCUUCUCCAUCAUCUCCGUGCUCAUGGGCGUGACGGCCACGUACAACACGGGGCUGAGGUACGGCGGGCCGGCGUCCAUGACGCUGGGGUGGCUGGUGGUGACGGUGUUCAACGGCUGCGUGGCGCUGUCCAUGGCGGAGAUCUGCUCGGCGUACCCGACCUCCGGCGGGCUCUACUACUGGAGCGCCAAGCUCGCCGGCAGGGAGUGGGCGCCUCUCGCCUCAUGGGUCACCGGUUGGUUCAACAUCGUGGGACAGUGGGCCGGCACGACGAGCGUGGACUUCUCGCUGGCGCAGCUCAUCCAGGUGAUCGUCCUGCUCGGCACCGGCGGGGCCAACGGCGGCGGCUAUCUCGCCUCCAAGUACGUCGUGCUGGCCAUCUACGGCGUCAUCCUGGUCGUGCAUGGCCUCAUCAACAGCCUCCCCAUCCGCUGGCUCUCCUGGUUCGGCAAGCUCGGCGCCUUCUGGAACGUCGCCGGUAUCUUGGUGUUGGUGAUCCUGAUUCCCGCAGUUGCCAAGGAGAGGGCGAGCGUCGAGUUCAUCUUCACGCACUUCAACACGGACAACGGCAUGGGGAUCCACAACAAGGCUUAUAUUAUGGCGGUGGGGUUGUUGAUGAGCCAGUACUCGGUGCUUGGCUACGACGCAUCUGCACACAUGACCGAAGAAACAAAGGGCGCAGACAGAAGUGGGCCGAUCGGGAUCAUCAGCGCGGUGGCUCUCUCGUCCAUCUUUGGGUGGAUCUACCUGGUGGCCCUCACGUCGGUGGUGACGGACAUACCGUAUCUGCUGAGCCCCGAGAACGAUGCCGGCGGGAAUGCCAUCGCCCAGGCUCUUUACACCACCUUUCGCGCGAGGUACAACAGCGGCGUAGGAGCGGUGGCUUGCCUCGGGGUCAUCGCCGGUGCCAUGUUCCUCUGCGGCAUCGGGUCCAUCACGAGCAAUUCAAGGAUGGGUUACGCCUUCUCCCGUGAUGGGGCAAUGCCGUACUCGCAUGUGUGGCACCGGGUGAGUAGGCACGAAGUGCCGUUAAACAUGGUCUGGCUUUCUGUCUUCGUGGCAUUUGCCAUGGCCCUCACGUCAUUGGGCAGCCAAGUGGCAUUUCAGGCGAUGGCAUCCAUUGCGACGAUUGGGCUAUACAUUUCCUACGCGCUGCCCAUCUUCUUUCGCGUGACCACGGCCCGGAACUCAUUCAUACCGGGGCCAUUUCACCUUGGCCGGUAUGGGGUCACCGUCGGCUGGGUAGCAGUCCUUUGGGUAGCCUUCGUCACGGUGCUCUUCUCUUUGCCGGUGGCGUACCCGGUGGCAAAGGACGACUUCAACUACACACCGGUGGCCGUCGGGGGCGUGUUCAUGCUCAGCAUUGGGGCAUGGGUGCUCCAUGCACGUUUCUGGUUCCAAGGGCCAAUCAUAAAUGUUGACACGGUCUAGAAAUUUGCAUAUUGUAAUUUUAGUUGCACAUCAAGAGUUGGGUUGUUGAUUAAA